AUGCAGAAAGAGUAUGCAAUAUUAUUAAUAAACAUACUCGUAUUACUAUUUUUCUUUCAAACAUUACAUUAUUUUCCAAAAUUCACUAAUUUUUUACCGGCUAUUCCCAAUCAAUUUGCCAGCAAACUUGCUCGAUAUAAUUAUGGAAAUGAAAUCAAUAUUGGUUUGAGUGAUUUCGAAAUUGCUCAAUCGAAACAAUACGAAAUCGAACUUGAAAAUAAGUAUGAUUUAACGGCAGUAUUACUUCAUUGGAAACGAACAGAAAGUGUUAAACGAGCUGUAAGCUAUUUACUCGAUUGUAAUUCUUUCAAAGAAAUUAUUAUUUGGAACAAUAACCCAGAAAUUAAUCUUGAAAAAAGUGUACUUGUAAAAAAUAACGCAUCAUUAAAUCGCAUCCGCAUUAUCAACUCAAAAGAGAAUCUCAAAGAUGAAGCCAAAUAUCGUGUAUGUGCUGAAGCAAAAACUAUGGCUUGCUUCUAUGUCGAUGAUGAUUGGAAUGCAUCAUUCUAUUUGAAAAGUCUCAUAGCUGACUUUCGAUCCGAUCCCUAUGUAUUACACUCUGCUACGGAGCCCUACACAUUCUAUACAAAUUUAGUAUGGACCUAUUUUGAUAAAAAUAUUGAUUUGCAUACUGGUUUUUCAUGGAUUGGUUGCGGAAGUAUUUUCUUACGUGAAUAUGCCCAACGACACCUUCAAUAUUUACAAGUCUAUUUGAAAAAUAAUCGCAAUUUAGUAUAUUUAAGUGAUGUGUUUUUUUCUAUUUGGCUCAAUGAUAUUCCAUCACAAUUCAAUAUCAAUAUUUAUGGCUUGACUGGACGUAAUUCUGGUGCAUCAUUUUCUUCUUCAUCAAAUUUCUUGCAAUAUCAACAUCAAAGUUCUAUUUUAGCGAUUCGUAUUCUGGAACAUAAUCUACGUUACAAUCAAUCGAAUGCUACCAGUCAUCUAGGUUUUGUGCGUCGGUCAAAUCGUCGUUUUCCAUAUUACAUAAAAUCAUCAAGUCUAAAAGAUGAUUUCAUAUUUUUUACUAAUAUACUUCCAAUUGAUAUUGAAAAUAUUCCAUUUAAUAUUUCAAAAGAUUUUGAACGAAGUACAAGAAAGAAUCUCCCAAGAGGACCAAGCGUUGCUUUCUUUUUAUCUCAUACGACGUUGUCAGCAGUUGAUAAUGAUUCGAAAACCUGUUGGCGUCCUGGAAGAAAUGCGCGUCGAGGAGAAUUUUUCGCUAUUGACUUUUUACGUAUUCAAACAAAUCUCUCAUUCUCACUUACGGUUGGACAUACACAAGAAUUACAAGAUAAUCUCGAUUUCAAUUUAUCAUUGGAUGGCCUUUGGUGGAUAACUUAUCGGUCUUUAAACGGAAUCAAGAGAAAAAGCCAGGAUUUGACGUCGGGUGAACAUCAACAUGUGAUCGUUUUCAAUGCUACUGAAUUCAAUGCUGGUUUUCAUUCUUUUCGAUAUGUUGCUUUUAACGAGAGUAAAAUUUCUUCUUCGGGAGAAUUUCAGGUAUGCGAUGCUCAAAUUAGGAAGAAUACACUUAUUUAG